AUGGGCGUUGCCGGUGCCGCCAAGUCUACUGGGGAGGGCUCGCUCCGCAAGAGCGGCACCAGCAAAUUCAAGUCGAAUGGCUCAGCUGCUGGCUCUACUUCUGGUGCUGAUGGCCGUCGGGGUGAUCGGUCACGCACCCCUACGCCCGGUGAGGGGUCCGAGCUCGACGACUACGCCUCCUUGGCCUUCGUCCACGAGCUCGCGAACAAGAUGGACAGGAUGGAGGGAGGUAUCAAGGACAGCCUCAAGCAGUCCGUCACAGCCGCCGUCCGCGACUCCACUAAGUGCAUAGCGGGGAUCAACGGACUCCACACGAAGAUCGAGAAGGACAUCGCCAUCGCCGUCGGCCAGCAGAUCGGCGCGACCCGCACCGCCUUCCAGAAGCAGGUGGACGCCUUCCACAGUCGGGUCGGCUCCCUCGAGGACCGCCAGGAGCGGACGGAGGAGAACCAGCCGAUCGCACCCUACAUUGGCAAGUCCGCCGCCGUCAAGCAGAUUGCUGAAGCCAUCUUCGACGGCGAUGACCUGGGCAGGCGCGCGCCACCUACUCGACCACUGAGGGCCGCGCCACCGCUGAGGGAGAUCGCGCGCGAAGCGCCUGGCAAGAUUCAGGAGGGGGCCCUGCUCGAGGACCACGCAUUCAUUUUGAAUUGCAGGGCGGCGCUGAUCGACCCCGCCAAGUCCGAGGAGUGGGCCAGCAGCCUCUUUCGGCAGGCUCAGGCUCUGCAAAGAAAAGUGCAGCUCUGGAACCCGAUCAGCAAGCGGCUGGCGCUCACCAGUGUCAAGACGAGCGAGGCCGCAGUGCUGGGGCCCAACAAGCGGCUCGGGAAGCUCGUCGAGCACUGGCAACCUGUCUUCCAAGGCAAGCACGUGGACCUCGAGGCUGCGACCACCUACCUGACAGAGUUCGCGCCCAAGGUCGACUUCAGCCAGUUCGCUCCUCCCGACUACGAGACGCUGCAGAGGUUCGCCAAGUGGAUUUCGACCACCUCAACUGGACUGGAUGGCCCCCCAUACAUGGCAUGGUCCUCGCACUGCAAGGCCACGGAGACGCUCUGGGAGGUCAUGUUCUGGACGUUGGGAGGGCGCCACGCCCUGGAGCUCGACGCGGAGAGCCUCAUCGCGUCGGCGGACCAUGACGCGUGGAGCAAGCUGCCCGUCCUCGCGUCGAUGGACAUCGCCCAGGCCUUCCCCAGUUGCGCGCAUCAGUUCAUCCGCCUGGCGCUGCAGGCCACGGGUGCACCGCAGGCGGUGCUGUUCUCCGACGCGAUGUGCCGCGACAUGAAGGCUGCUGGCGAUCUGGGGCUCGCCCUCGCGGCCAUCAAGCACCUGCCCAUCCUCGCUGUCGCGACGGCCCUCAUGGGGGCCCUGGCGCGACUCGCGUCGACGCCCGCCGAGUGCCGCAUCAUCCUCCUGGCAGACGAAGGCGAUGAGAAGCUCAAGCUGCAUCUCCGAGAGGCGCUGGCCACCUUGGCACCGCGCCUCCAGGAGUUCCACACGUGCGGUAGCCCGGCCUACCUGGGCGCAUUCAUUGGCCCAGUAGCAACAGAGCUGCUCGCGCUCGAGAAGGCCGUUCAAACCCUCCUGUGGAGGACCGAGCAAUUCAGUGCGAGCGACGCCCCCACGAUGGGCACGGUCUUUUUCUUCAGUACCAGGCCCCUCCAGCUGACGCCCCUCUCCACAAUCGUCAGAGCGGCGACGUCGACGUUCAAGCAAUUCUCGGGGGUCCGCGAGCGGCUGCGCCAGGGGCUUGAGCAGCGCGGCGAUGCGAUGACGUUUGAAGGAGCUUAUCGCGGUGCUCACCAUCUCUCGCCAUCGCGGUGGAAGAUGGGCCCCUUCGUUAAGGCGCCGCACCAGGCGAAGACAGCCACCUCAACGCACCGCUACUGCUCUAAGGAGCUCCUGCAGCCGGCGCUGGAGGCGGCUCAGACCGCAUUUGCCAAUGGCCAAGUGGGGGCGGUCCAGAAGAAUGCGUACCAGGCAGCGAUGAUCGCCCGCAGUCCAGACACGAUCGGCCCCUCCCUGGCCCGGAGGAUUACGCUCGAGAUCCCAGAGCACGCCGACUUCCUCGCGCUGAACGUCGGCAUCUUCGGCGAGAUCAGUAAGAAGAUGAAGAAGCUGCCGCCGUCGUGGGCAACCGCCUGGACGCGGGCACUCUCGUUCGCCUGGCUCGCGCCCCGCAGGAUCAUCAAUAAGAGGGGGGAGAAGAAUUGCAUUUUCAAGUGCGAGGGCUGCAGCGACAGCCUCGCGCACUACCUCCAGUGCGAGCGCCUGUCUUGGGCGAUUGCUCGUGCUUCUGGCGCGGAUGUCCCCGCUUGCCCGCUGGCGCGGCUGGGCGUCGUAGACACGACAAACGAGCCUGCCGAGCAGAUCUUCAUCGGUUCGACGGUCUCCCACUCACUGCGGGCGAAGGUCUCGGUGGAGGCCGUGGAGGCGGAGGCCGCUGCGAAGGCGGGGAUGGACAUGAUGGUGACCGCGGCCGAGCUGGCGGCGCCGCUGGGGCAGCUCGGCGGGCUCUGGCUGGAGUUCGGCGUCGCCACCGGGCGGUCACUGGCCUUCGUCUCCCAGCACCUGCGGAGGCUCGCCCCGGCCGCCACGCUGCACGGCUUCGACUCCUUCCACGGCAUCCCGCAGGGGUGGCACAAGUACGGCGCGGAGACCUUCAGCUCGGAGGGUCGGCCGCCCGAGUUUCUGCAGGCGCUGGAGAACGUCAGACUGCACGUCGGGUUCUUUGGCGAGACGCUGCCGAAGUUCCUGGAGGAGUCGCCCGUGCCCCAGCCCGUGGCAUUCCUGCACGCGGACAUGGAUCUGUUCGCGUCUGCGCGGGAGGUGUUUGCGUCACUGAGGUGCCAGCUGGUCCCAGGAACCAUCAUCGUCUUCGACGAGCUGUUCAACUACAAAGGUUGGCAUGUGGACGGCGAGUACCGCGCGUGGACGGCCCUCGCCGCCGCGCACAGCAUCGAGUGGCGCCCGCUGGGCAUCUUCUUUGAGAUGGCAGUGCCGAUCGUGAUCGAGAGCCUUCCCAGCGACUGCUAG